AUGUAUCAGCCUUUGGCUUUCGUUCUGGCGAUGCUACCUCGUUUUGCACUCACUGCCUGCACUUGUGGAUACUCCAUGACUGAUCCGCAAGACGAGAAUGCUUCCCUGUUCUUCAUGAACUUGCUUCAAAGCAACUUUACCGCGAUGCAGGACUUAUCACAGGCUACAGAGUGGACCAAGCAGCGAUUCGAUGUCUCUCCCGACGCAGGAAGGGGAGCCUUUGGCAAGUCAUUUCUCCCAGAAAACGUGCUUCUUACUCCCGAAAUGCGGAUGAAGCAACAUGACGGACUCACCGGGAGAAGCAUGGGCCUUUGGGUUCGCCGUCAAGUCACAGCAUCUAAUACCAUAUCCGCCGCCGAGAUUGACACGAGCCGAACGGACAUGCAAUGGGGGUCAUACCGAGCCACAAUGAAGCUGUCAAGAGUCGUCGGUACCUGCGCUGCGUUUUUCUGGUAUUACAACGAUACACAAGAGAUCGACAUGGAAUUUCUCUCUCGGGAGUUUGACGAAGCCAACAAGGUGUUUCCUGUGAAUCUUGUUAUCCAUUCAGCCUCAUCGGCACAAAAUGGCUAUGACGCUAGCAAGACUGGCACGUUCAAGGUGGCUAAUUUGAAAUUUGACCCGACCAAAGACUUUCAUGAAUACCGCUUUGACUUUUUGCCUGGUCGAGUCCGUUUCUACGCCGACGGUGAGAAUUUGGCCGAAAUGAAUGGCGACAACGUUCCAUCAAGCGGGGGCCAUAUAAUAUUGCAGCACUGGAGUAACGGCAAUCCAAAAUGGUCAGGUGGACCACCACUAUCAGACGCAGUUGUUUGGGUAAAGUCUGUUGAAGCUUACUUCAAUUCUUCGGGGAAUGAGGAUCGUGCUCAAUGGGACAAGAGAUGUGGCAAGCAUGGGACAGAGAGAACGGCAGUUUGCACCAUAUCUGGAACGCCACCACUUGGAAACAACAGCCGAAUGGAAGGCCCCUCCCAUGACGGUGAUAACAUGGGCAAUCGGGAAGCUAGCGAAGAGAAUGCUUGCCAUGUAUCCAAACACGCAGAGUUGCUGUCGACGGUGCUGGCUGUGAUGAUGAUAGCUGCAUGGCAGCUUACACAUCACACAUGA